UGUUGGGUCACCGUCAAAGACCCGGAAGUGGCAGUCAUUUAAAAAGAAUUUCGUCACAAGAAACGCUGAAACCUGAAACUGGUGGUUUGUGAAGAACCGGUAAACACUCUACUACCUUCGUUAGAACCAGGUCGAACUCCCAACUGCUACAAGAAUGACGGCCAAUCCGUACUACCCUGUGACGACAGUGUCCGACUCGUCUCAUUUAGCCGAUGAUGAAUGGGGCCUCACCAUGCCCAGUGUGCAGUAUGCCAAACACUCACGGACCAAGAGGUUCAAGUCAGCCUGUGAGGGAGUGAAAAACCUGCCGCGGUGUGCAGUGAUCAUCUUUGUCACUGUGUGUGUGUUCAUCCUUAUCUGUAUCAUCAUUGCGGUUGCCGCUAGCAACAGGGGGGAGAAACACCCCACAGGAAAUGAACCUAUGAGAGUACAGCAAACACUUGGUUUGAAUUUCUACCCAGUGCCAGCGGAUAUUUCCACCGUGAUUCGGUUCAAGAAGCACUCAUUUAAGAAAGAUGAGCCGAUUAAAAAGACAAUGGAUGAAGUUCUGGAACGUAAGUAUGGCAAGUUGUACGUGUGGGGCUGAAAGUUGAUUGAACUUUCCCUUUUUUUUCUUCACAUUUCACCUUUUCCUUCCAAGGACAGUCUUAUAGCAUGGGUCUCAAUAGUCCGCUAUUUAGCGGAUUUCUGCUACUGCCAUUUCCUCCGCUUAACUCCGCUGCCGCGACAGCGGGUCAAUUAGAAGGUUGCUGGGAGCAGAGUGACUACCAGGCCUCGAUAACGUCUUUAAGUUCAUUUUUGCUGGUCACGAUUGUGAUAUUAAUUCGGCUUUUCCCGAUGUGAGAGUACGUUUCACGCGAACAGGCGGCUAUGGCGGGAAGCGGAAUUGUAUGUGACUCCGAGCCUCGACCGGAAAAUCAAGAUCUCAGAAAUUUGUCUGUA